AGUCGUUCACCCACCAGCCCUCCCCAGUUCCUCAAUCGAGUCAGAAGCCGAGGCAUUGCGCAAGUGUCCCCUGCCUGGAAAUGAAGGCUUCCAGAGCAGAACCAGAUGCUACUGUCCAUAGCCUGUAUGGUCGGGCUCUCCUUGUCCAGUUCCAACUCCUACGCUCCACUGGGAGGGAGGUGUGACCAGGAGAACGAUUACUAUGAAGGCCACCUUCAUAUCUGCUGCUCAAAGUGUCCACCAGGUCAAUAUGCAUUACAGCGAUGUACCAGACAGUCCGAUACUCUGUGUGCCGUCUGCCGAGAGGGGGAGUUCACCGAGUUCUGGAAUUAUGUCCGCGAGUGUCAAAUUUGCCCCUCCUGUGAUCACCGGAGGGGGCUGGUAGUGAGGCAGAACUGCACGAGUCAACACAAAACCGAGUGUGAGUGUGCCCAGGGACAUCACUGCGUCGAAGGGCAGCGCUGCUCGGAGUGUGAGCGGCACACAGAAUGUCCUCCGGGGCAAGAAGAGGCACAACAAGGGUUGGCAGCCGACGAGCGGCUCUCCCUCGGACUAACCCUCGGUCUGCGCAUUACCUCAGUAGGGAGGGGCCGGUAG